GGGAAGGAAGGAAGAAGGGGUCUUUGCCCACUCCUGUUUCGCUUUGGAGCUUGGAAGCCUGCUCCCCCAAAGACGAUCGGAGCUGUGCCCUCCUGCCCACAUCCCUAUGUCUCGGUUUGCCCGCUGACUUUCUCUUAAGCCUUGCGAAGGAGACGGGGGCGGCUCGGCUGGAGGACUCGGCGGGGGUGGUGUUCCCUUGCUCUGUCUGCGGUGGCCACCGCCGGGAAAGUCCGCGCCUAGAGCGCGCAGCAGAGCAGGCGGCGGCGACCACGGGACUUCGGCGGGGCGGUAGCCCAGGACUCGUAGGGCGGCUCGCUCCUUCGUCCAUGAACUGCAUGAAAGGCCCGCUGCAUUUGGAGCACAGAGCAGCAGGGACCAAACUGUUGGCUGCCUCCUCUUCCUCCUCCUGUCACCAUCCCCAACCUCUGGCCAUGGCUUCGGUUCUGGCUCCCGGUCAGACCCGCUCCCUGGACUCUUCCAAGCACAGGCUGGAGGUGCACACCAUCUCUGACACCUCCAGCCCCGAGGCCGCAGAGAAAGACAAGAGCCAGCAGGGAAAAAAUGAGGACGUGGGCGCCGAAGAUCCAUCUAAGAAAAAGCGGCAGCGGCGACAGCGGACUCAUUUCACCAGUCAGCAGCUGCAGGAACUGGAGGCCACUUUCCAGAGGAAUCGCUACCCGGAUAUGUCCACGCGAGAGGAAAUCGCCGUGUGGACCAACCUUACGGAAGCCCGAGUCCGGGUUUGGUUCAAGAAUCGCCGGGCUAAAUGGAGAAAGCGGGAGCGCAACCAGCAGGCAGAGCUGUGCAAGAAUGGCUUUGGGCCGCAGUUCAACGGGCUUAUGCAGCCCUACGACGACAUGUACCCAGGCUAUUCGUACAACAAUUGGGCCGCCAAGGGCCUCACGUCGGCCUCCCUGUCCACCAAGAGCUUCCCUUUCUUCAACUCUAUGAACGUCAACCCCCUGUCGUCACAGAGCAUGUUCUCCCCGCCCAACUCCAUCUCAUCCAUGAGCAUGUCGUCCAGCAUGGUGCCCUCAGCGGUGACCGGCGUCCCAGGCUCCAGCCUCAACAGCUUGAAUAACUUGAACAACCUGAGCAGCCCGUCGCUGAAUUCCGCGGUGCCGACGCCCGCCUGUCCUUACGCGCCGCCGACUCCGCCGUAUGUUUAUAGGGACACGUGUAACUCGAGCCUGGCCAGCCUGAGACUGAAAGCAAAGCAGCACUCCAGCUUCGGCUACGCCAGCGUGCAGAACCCUGCGUCCAACCUGAGCGCGUGCCAGUACGCCGUGGACCGGCCCGUGUGAGCCUCGCCCACACUGCCGGGAUACUAGGAUUGUGCCGAAUGGGGCAACUCUGCCCUUGAAAGACUGGGAAUUCGCUAGAAGGUCGUGGGCACUAAAGAAAGGGAGAGAAAGGAGAGAGAGAGCAAAAAGGAAACCACUGAAUUAAAGAGAGCUCCUUUGAUUUCAAAGGAAUUUCCUCAAAUGUCUGACAUCUUUCACUAGAAGUAUUUCCAACAGUUUCAAGGACACACAAAUGUUUGACUGGAUGACAUUUUAACAUUACUAUAAGCUUGUUAUUUUUUAAGUUUAGCAUUGUUAACAUUAAAAUGACUGAAAGGAUGUAUAUAUAUGGAAAUGUCAAAUUAAUUUUAUAAAAAGCAGUUGUUAGUAAUAUCACAAGUGUUUUUAAAGGUUAGGCUUUAAAAUAAAGCAUGUUAUACAGAAGCGAUUAGGAUUUUUCGCUUGCAAGCAAAGGAAUGUAUAUACGAAAUGCCACACUGUAUGUUUCUAACAUAUUAUUAUUAUAAAAAUGUGUGAAUAUCAGUUUUAGAAUAGUUUCUCUGGUGGAUGCAAUGAUGUUUCUGAAACUGCUAUGUACAACCUACCCUGUGUAUAACAUUUCGUACAAUAUUACUGUUUUACUUUUCAGCAAAUAUGAAAAAAAUGUGUUUUAUUUCAUGGGAGUAAAAUAUACUACAUACAAAUUG